AUGGGCCCGAAAUCAGCUUCUACCACCUCUCCCGGCAAGAGAGGGAGACCUACGAAGACUGGCUCCGCUUCUAGCACGAAGGUGUCGGUCGAGGUACCAGCACCCAAACAUGCUGUCGCAAGAGAAUCAUCAUCGUGUUGCUUGGAAAGCGUACUGAAUUUUGCAAUCUUGGCCGGUAGCAGCCUGCUACUGAGCACAGCACUCUUUUCUCUCAGCGUCCCGAUUACGAAGGGGGAUUUGGCAUGGACAAGCAAGCGCUUAGACUCAUGGAGGGACGUCACGGCUCUGCUUGCAUGGCGUAUUAUUGAGCUUGCGGUACCUUGGUUUUCGGGUUAUGAUGCCUGGGACACACUGUGUUUUAUCGGCCUUAUUCACCUUCCUGCGUACUCUCUUCUGCUCAACUUUUAUAACAUUCGACCGACGACGAUAAUCACUGUUGCGACAAUUACCGUUUUAUCAUGCACAAUUCCAUUUUCCUACUUCCGUCCGCUAGGCCCUGCACAUAGUGGCAGUCCAGCUGCCAGUCGAGCAAUUCUUGCGGAUCGUCUCACUACAGCGUACACCACUGUGGCUUCAACUCUUGUGUACACCAUUCUUAUAUACCUCAGCUUUGUAACAUGGCUUCCAACUCACCUUGUCACAUACUUCACCGGGCUCCCUGACAUCAGUGCGGCUCACGCCGGACCAAAGGGAUUCGUGUCGCUUUUCCUUAGCCUUUUGCCUGCAGGAUAUGGAGCGAGAGAUCUUUUAUUCGUCGCAUCUGCUAGCCAACCGCCAGAACAGAAAGCAGAGUUGAAAACGACACGCCGGCAGCUUCGAUCAUCGGAUUCGCGAAAAGAUGAGGAAGAGCAGGGGGAAGAGUCAUGUAUUGCCUCGCUCUAUAAGAAGGCCUGGCUUGGGCUGUCUCCUUCUCUGAGAACCCUCAUAUCACGAUCAGUGGUGCUGGCAAUUAUGACUCUUGCCAAUACCUUCGUGCAAUUGGCCGGUACAAUCAGCGGGGUAGAGCCUAAGGGAGCCUUGGGAUGGGGGUCGAUUUGGUCAAUUGCCACUCUUUCCAACGCUGUCCUUUAUGGCUGGAUUCAAGAAGCAAGCGGAUUGUAA